GCAGAGAUGCACCACAGCUGGGUUACUACAAGUGUGAAGCAGCAGUUUAUCUGUUGCCACAGAAGAACUUGAUGACCGUCUUGAGAGGCAGCGCUUUCUCAGUGCCCUGUUACUCUUGCAUCUGCACUGGCUGCUGUACCUUCUGACUCAGGCACUCACAGCUAAUUCCCCAGGAGUUGUAAGGCAGCCUGAUACAUAAACUGAGACAGAAGUUUCCCCCCUAGAAGCUGCCUUUUUUUUUUAUUUUUUUUCUUUUUUUCCCUUUUCUAUUGGCAAAGACUUCUGACUCUUCUCAGAGGAAUACCUUGUUGCUUAAGAUGAGUGGCUGUAGGAAACGGUGUAAACGUGAAAUAUUGAAAUUUGCCCAGUACCUUCUCAGGCUAUUAACAGGUUCUCUUCAUACAGACAGCGUCGAAGAUGAGCUGGAGAUGGCCACUGUCAGGCAUCGGCCUGAAGCCCUGGAGCUGCUGGAGGCUCAGAGCAAAUUCACCAAGAAAGAACUUCAGAUUCUUUACAGAGGAUUUAAGAAUGAAUGCCCCAGUGGUGUUGUUAAUGAAGAAACCUUCAAGGAGAUUUACUCCCAGUUCUUCCCACAGGGAGACUCCACAACGUAUGCACAUUUUCUCUUCAAUGCGUUUGACACGGACCACAAUGGAGCUGUGAGCUUUGAGGAUUUCAUCAAAGGUCUUUCCAUUUUGCUUCGAGGGACAGUACAAGAAAAACUCAACUGGGCAUUUAAUUUGUAUGACAUAAACAAGGAUGGCUACAUCACUAAAGAAGAAAUGCUGGACAUAAUGAAAGCAAUCUACGACAUGAUGGGGAAAUGCACAUACCCUGUCCUCAAGGAAGAUGCUCCCCGACAGCAUGUGGAGACGUUUUUCCAGAAGAUGGACAAAAAUAAGGAUGGUGUCGUUACCAUAGAUGAGUUCAUUGAAAGUUGCCAAAAAGAUGAAAACAUAAUGCGCUCCAUGCAGCUGUUCGAAAAUGUGAUCUAGAAUGACAGCACCUCCUCCACUCAAGAGGCAAAUGUGAACGACGACACACGUGUUGAAGCCGCCACUUCUAGCAUAGAUUGCUCAGCUUUACACUGAGGCAUAUUAUGCAAACAGCUUUGUUUUAAUAUAAAACAACCCCUCCUCAAAUUUAGGUUUCCAGUUACAAAUCUGCAUCCACAUCACUGGGGUCAUGAAAUGUGCUAACUUAUUUCAUACUCUGAGAACACUCAAAAGGCACAGAAUCUGGAAUAGCUUUGAUUCUCAGCCACGUGUUAUUGAGGCUUUUACAGAUUAGUGAUUUUAAAACAGCAGUGGGUUUUCCUACUUGUUUGUAUGAUUCAGCCCUGGAUUUUAAGUGGUUUUCUAAAUUAUUUACAUCUGCAUUGAACUUCCAGAAAACCAGUGAACUUUCAUUUAAUUCAAUUCAUAUAAUACUUAAAAAGGAAACAUUAUUACAAUUAAAAAAAAGACCAAAAACACAGUCCCAAUUUCUAUGGCUUCUCCACCUGCUGUUAAAGACAUUAAUGUAUUUGGCAUUUUUUAAAAAGAACACUUAAAAAUUAGUUUAUUAUCAGAUGUUAGCAUAUACCUAAUAAAAUUAUUUUAGUAUUCGUUAAUUUUCCAUAUUAAUGCCAAGGCUCUAUAUAAUCCAUGUAACUUUGGACCUGUUCAAUCUUACAUGUAGACUGUUUUGUAUUGUGUUAUGAAGUAGAUAUUCAACGUGUCAAACACACCAAGGAUGUUUACAAACUUGCCAAGGGUCCGGAUGUCUGUCCUGCAAUGCCUAGUGACGCUUAUUAACAAGUAACCCUAACAGCAGUACAGGGAGAUUCUAGCCACUCCCAAGCCCUUAAUGUUCUCACAGCAUGUUUAUCACACAUAAGCCAUUCAGGGACAGAGAAUCCUUGACUGCCCAAAGUCUACUAGGAAUAAAGAUCAAGCACCAUAUUCUUUGAAAACACCAGUGAUUCUAUUAUACUGGAAAUUAUACAUAAGAUUGUAUAGAAAGUGAAUGCAAACACUGGACAGUUCAUCCGAAUUGCAUUAUGAUUUAGCACAUCAUAUAGCUCAAAGGAUUCACAUUCCUUUCAGUGAUCUUAAGCCAAAACUGUAGACUUGCCACAACAGUACUAUAGAUAUACACAUCUUCCCUGUUUUGUAGAAAUACAAGAACCAAGAGGAUACAGGAGGAGAAGAUUUGCAACUGUCUGCAACAAUAAAUCAGGUAUCUAUUCUGGUGUAGAGAUAGGAUGUUGAAAGCUGCCCUGCUAUCACCAGUGUAGGAAUUAAGAGUAGUACAGUACAUGUACAGAAAUCUGCCAUCACGUGUUUGUGUAAACUCAAUGUGCACAUUUUGUAUCUCAAAAAGGACAAAUAAAAGCAAAAUAAAGUGUUUAUUACUCUA